UUCAGGUGCUUGUGUUUCUUGGCACUACUGGUGCUCAGUCAAAGCUGACUCCUGAACAGAAUGCCAUAAGCCUCUCCUCUGGCAAAUAUCACCACAUUGACCGUGCCACUAACAAAGAGCUGACCUGUGACAAAUGUCCAGCAGGAACCUAUGUGUCUAAGCACUGUACAAAAACAACCUUAAGAGAGUGUAGCCCUUGUGCAGAGGAGACCUUUACGAAGCAUGAGAAUGGUAUAGAGAGAUGCCACAUCUGUCGGAAACCUUGCGAGCUGCCAAUGGUGGAGAAAACACCCUGUACUGCCUUGACUGACCGCGAGUGCACUUGCCCGUCCAGUACAUUUCAGUUGAAUGACACCUGCGUCCCUUAUUCAGUCUGCUCAGUUGGCUGGGGUGUGCGGAAAAAAGGAACGGAGACUGAAGAUGUUAGAUGUAAACCUUGCCCUCGUGGUACCUUUUCUGAUGUGCCUUCCAGUGUGAUGAGAUGCAGAACGUUCACUAACUGCUCGAGGAAGAAUAUGGUGGUGAUAAAGCCAGGAACAAAGGCAAGCGACAACAUCUGUGGGUUUCCAUCAUCCCUUCCUAAUGCAGUUAUGUCUUCAGUGAGCCCAGAAGAGGAGGAUGUAAACUAUGAAGUUCCAUCUACCACUUACGUUCCUGAAGGUGUCAACUCUUCAGUUUCCAGCUUUGCUGCCUCUCCUAGACCAAAUGUGUACAAUGGCACGAUAGAACCAACAGACUUUUACAAUGAAACCUCAGAGAAUGGGACAGAUAAUUUCAAUAUGACCAUCUCAAACUCCAGGGCUACACAUCACCAGCAAAAUCAUUAUCACAAACACAGCCCGUCAGUUCUGAAACAACAACCAGCAUUGGAGAUGACAAGCGGUGAAAAGUCGAGCAUUCCCUACAUGCCCCCCAAGAGAGGCCUGCCGCGCCAGAACGCUCACAAGCAUUUUGAUAUCAAUGAGCACUUACCAUGGAUGAUUGUCUUGUUUCUGCUGCUAGUUCUCGUGGUGAUAGUUGUGUGCAGUGUUCGUAAAAGCUCACGGACACUGAAGAAAGGUCCUCGGCAAGAUCCCAGUGCUAUUGUGGAGAAGGCUGGUCUGAAAAAAUCCGUUACUCCGACUCAGAACAGAGAGAAGUGGAUCUACUACUGCAAUGGGCAUGGCAUUGACAUUCUGAAGCUGGUGGCAGCUCAGGUGGGAAGCCAGUGGAAAGAUAUCUACCAAUUCCUGAGCAACGCCAGUGACCGGGAGAUGGCGGCUUUCUCCAAUGGGUACUCGGCAGACCAUGAAAGAGCCUACGCCGCCUUACAGCACUGGACCAUCCGAGGCCCUGAGGCUAGUCUCGCUCAGCUCAUCAGCGCGCUGCGUCAGCACAGACGUAACGAUGUAGUGGAGAAAAUCAGAGGCCUGAUGGAAGAUACGACUCAGCUAGAAACUGACAAACUGGCCCUUCCGGUGAGCCCCAGCCCUCUCAGUCCCAUUGCCAGUCCGAAUCCGAAACCUCCUGAGGCCACAAUCCUCACCGUGGAACCGUCUCCGCUGGAGAAGAACAAGGGCUUCUUUGUAGAUGAAUCGGAACCUCUUCUGCGCUGUGAUUCCGCCUCUAGUGGCUCCUCCCCACUCUGCCGAACAGGCUCUUUUAUUACCAAAGAAAAGAAAGACACAGUGUUGCGUCAGGUGCGGUUGGACCCUUGUGAUCUGCAACCCAUCUUUGACGACAUGCUUCACAUCCUAAAUCCUGAGGAGCUCCAUAUGAUUGAAGAGAUUCCGCAGGCAGAGGAUAAGCUGGACAGGCUAUUUGAAAUUGCUGGAGUCAAGAGCCAGGAAGCCAGCCAAACACUGCUGGACUCUGUCUAUAGUCACCUUCCUGAUCUGUUGUAGGCAUUGGCCACUGCACUCUCUGAAUCUUGCUAGUACUAGCUUGGCACUCGUUAAAGACGAUUGACAAUAUGCAGGCUGGUGGGGGAGUUUUAACAUUUUUGUUGGCUUUUUGUUUUUUGUUUUUUGUUUUUUUGGUAGAAUACAUGGCCAGUAUUUUCUUCAAGGUUUCUCUUGUUUCUGGAAGGGGUGGUUUACAAACAUUGCACCUUCCAUGCUUACCUUUCUUGCAAAAUUAAAAUCUUUGUUCCCGCUGUCCCCUUCUGAAUUGUUCUGUUUUCAGUCCAGUCAAUCAUUUUAUGCACUUUAAAACACACUUCAUUAACUAAAGACCACAAAUCCGGCGCAACUUACACAUUGAAUCUGGAAUAGUUCUGAACUCAUUUUAGUUUUUAUCAUAUCUGUUUUAUCCAAAGUGACUUUCCUCUUCAUAAGACUUUCUUCCCCUUGUCCCCGCUUCUCUGUGGUGGAAAAUGGGAAAACGUGAGAAGUGAGUGUUGUCUGUUACUCUAACGCAACUAGCAUUUUUCCCCCCCUUGGGUUGACUUUUUAAAUGUAUUAUUGUAUGGUUCAUAUUCCUUGCUGAGGUUUUACUAGCAGUUAUUUAUUGUAUGGUUUUCACCUGGACAAUGCUUAGAAUGCUUGAUUACUUGUGCCCCUUUAAGCUAAAACGGAAAUGUUUUCAAGAAAAUCAAUGGCUUAAUUCCUCCAGCCUUCAGGACUAUAACGAAGUCGCUUGGUCUGCAGCUGAAUGUACCACACACAACAAGGAGUAUCUUGCCUUGCAACUUAGAAGAAGAUAAGCAGACCCUUUGUAGAUCAUCUCAGCACUGGUGCUGAAUAGUGGCAGGGGAGGGAGAGCCCUGGUGGUAACACUCUCCUUGUGAUUAUAAGACUUACUGAGCUUUGCUUUUACAGUUGUCACUUGGUUGUUUGGGGGGUUUUUUUAUACAGAUGUUGGCCAAGAGGCAAGGUUCCAAAGACCUUGCCUGCUCUUAGCAAUCUCUUAAAUCACACUUCACUUUUUAUUAAAAAAACAAAAACCAGAAAGGCUGCAUUGUAAGAAUAGUUUAUUUGCAACUGUUAAGUUCUUGUAAUGAACAGUCUGUAAUACGCUCAGUGUGGAAGAAUUCUAAUAUAGGGAUGGCACUGCGAUGGGGUGAGGUUAAGGGGAGGGGAGGUUCUGAUAUGGAAAAGUUGCCUUCCAGUGUACUAAUUUAUUAAUAAAAUACUAGAUGUUUGUUACUUGA